AUGGCCUCUCGACCUGACCUGAAGGUCGAUGACGAAGUUGGAUUCAUCCGCUUCUACAAAUCCAUCACAGACACAGACGACAAUGACACAAUCCGGAUAUUCGACCGCGGUGAAUGGUACUCUGCCCACGGCUCCAAUGCCGAGUUCAUCGCUCGCACCGUCUACAAAACCACUUCCGUGCUCCGCAACCUCGGCCGCAGCGAGACCAGCGGUCUACCCUCAGUCACCAUGACAGUAACCGUAUUCCGCAACUUUCUCCGUGAAGCCCUCCUACAACUCAACAAGCGCGUCGAAAUCUGGGUCUCUGGCGGCGUGGGCAAGGGUAAUUGGAAGCUAGCCAAGCAAGCCAGCCCGGGCAACCUGCAAGACGUGGAAGACGAACUGGGCAGCGUGGGCGCCCUAUCAAUGGAGUCCGCGCCUAUCAUCCUCGCCGUCAAGAUCUCCGCGCGAGCUGGCGAAGCUCGGAACGUGGGCGUUUGCUUCGCGGACGCAAGCGUGCGUGAGCUCGGCGUCAGCGAGUUCCUCGAUAACGACGUCUAUUCCAAUUUCGAGUCGCUGGUCAUUCAGCUCGGCGUGAAGGAGUGUCUCAUUACGCUGGACUCGACGCGGAAGGAUGUGGAACUCGGCAAGAUCCGGGCUAUUGCUGAUAGUUGCGGGAUUGCUAUUUCCGAACGGGCGGCGGCGGACUUUGGAGUUCGCGAUAUUGAGCAGGAUUUGACGCGGUUGUUGAGGGAUGAGAGAUCUGCGGGUACUUUGCCGCAGACGGAGUUGAAGCUUGCGAUGGGCUCGGCGGCGGCGCUGAUUAAAUAUCUGGGUGUUCUGACCGAUUCGACUAAUUUUGGUCAGUUCCAGCUGUAUCAGCAUGAUCUGUCGCAGUAUAUGAAGUUGGAUGCGUCUGCGCUGCGGGCGUUGAAUUUGAUGCCUGGCCCACGCGAUGGUGCCAAGAGUAUGAGUUUGUUUGGGUUGCUUAAUCAUUGUAAGACGCCGGUGGGAAGUCGUUUGCUGGCGCAGUGGUUGAAGCAGCCGCUUAUGGAUCUUGCUGCUAUUGAGCUCCGGCAGCAGCUGGUUGAGGCCUUUGUUGUCAACACGGAGCUGAGGCAGACUAUGCAAGAGGAACACUUGCGUGCUAUUCCUGAUCUGUAUCGCCUGGCCAAGCGUUUCCAGCGGAAGCAGGCCAACCUGGAGGAUGUUGUUCGAGUUUAUCAAGUGGCUAUUCGUUUGCCUGGAUUUGUUCAUGCAUUGGGAGAAGUCAUCGAUGAAGAUUACCAGACUCCAUUGGAGAAGGAAUAUACAUCUAAGCUGCGCAGUCAUUCUGAUAGCCUGGCUCGACUGGAGGAGAUGGUGGAAACUACUGUUGAUUUGGAUGCUCUUGAUAAUCACGAAUUCAUCAUCAAGCCCGAGUUUGACGACAGCCUAAGGAUUAUUCGCAAGAAGCUGGAUAAGAUGCGCAACGAAAUGGAUGAUGAGCACCGCCACGUUGCAAAGGACUUGAACCAAGAUAUGGAGAAGAAGCUUUUCUUGGAGAACCACCGAACUCAUGGUUGGUGCUUCCGUGUUACUCGUGCGGAGGCAGGCUGCAUUCGUAACAAGAAAGGAUACCAAGAAUGUUCUACGCAGAAGAACGGUGUUUACUUCACCACUACGACCAUGCAGGCCCUCCGCCGAGAGCAUGACCAAUUGUCAUCCAAUUACAACCGGACUCAAACUGGACUUGUCAGUGAAGUGGUUGCUGUCGCUGCGUCAUACUGCCCUGUCUUGGAGCAGCUUGCCGGCGUCUUGGCUCACCUUGAUGUUAUUGUGAGCUUUGCUCAUGCGUCCGUUCAUGCACCGGCUGGGUACGUCCGUCCAAAGAUGCAUCCUCGCGGCACAGGAAACACUGUCCUCAAGGAAGCCCGUCAUCCCUGUAUGGAGAUGCAAGAUGAUAUCUCUUUCAUUACGAACGACGUUUCCUUGAUCCGAGACGAAUCAUCCUUCCUUGUCAUUACCGGUCCCAACAUGGGCGGAAAAUCAACAUACAUUCGCCAAAUCGGUGUGAUCGCACUUAUGGCCCAGACUGGCUGCUUCGUGCCCUGCACAGAAGCCGAGCUGACAAUUUUCGACUGCAUUCUCGCCCGAGUGGGUGCCAGUGACUCCCAGCUCAAGGGCGUGUCCACAUUCAUGGCAGAGAUGCUCGAAACUGCCAACAUCCUGAAAUCAGCCACCUCGGAGUCGCUUAUCAUCAUCGACGAACUUGGCCGUGGAACAAGUACCUACGAUGGAUUCGGUCUGGCCUGGGCCAUUUCGGAGCACAUUGUCACCGAGAUCCGAUGCUUCGGUCUCUUUGCAACUCACUUCCACGAAUUGACCGCUCUGGCAGACCGAUACCCCAAAUCCGUGAAGAACCUGCACGUUGUCGCAUUCAUUGGAGACGGCACUGAAGCCGAAGCUGAUGCUGAAGAGGAGUCGAAGAAGAAGCGCCAAGUCACCCUGCUUUAUCGGGUGGAGCCAGGCAUUUGCGAUCAGUCUUUCGGUAUCCACGUUGCCGAGCUUGUACGUUUCCCCGAUAAGGUGGUCAACAUGGCUCGUCAAAAGGCCGAGGAACUGGAGGACUUUACCUCUGCGACUGCUGAGAAUGCAGAGCAGCAGUCAGCACCUGCACUUGAUAAGUACUCGCAGGAGGAGGUCGAGGAGGGCAAUGCUCUUCUGAAGGAUAUGCUGGUGAAGUGGAAAGCAGAGAUUGAAGGCAAGGAUCUGUCAUCGGAUCAGAAGCGGCAGAUUAUGCGCGAUCUGGUCAACGCCGAUGGCAAACUACAGGCAAACAAAGUGUUCCAGGGCAUUAAGGCUCUGUAG